AAAACUUCACAUCCCAUCAAUAAUCAUAUAACUUCACAACCACCCUCUCAUCUUUCUCACCUCCUUAUAUCUUUUGUUUUAUGCAAACCGUCUUUCGUUCACGCUCAUGAGCCAUGAAGGACUUAAUGGAGAGGCUGGUCACUCUUCCUUUUGCUGCGGGCUGCGUUUCACAGUCAAGCAUAUCUGUGGUCCGAAACCAACCGAAAAAAUUCAACACAGUUCCAGUUCCACCACCACCCCCACCACCACCACCACCACUGCCUACAAAUGAUGGUACAGGGGAUAGCACAUUUGCACCGAACAUCUCUGCAGGGCUCCAGAGGCUGAAAAAGAGCAUCAAGAGCUUACCUCAGUUGUUUAUCUACAGAGAAGGAGAUGGGGAGGUGGAGAUGGAGAUUGGGUUCCCUACAAAUGUGCAACAUGUGGCUCAUGUAGGAUGGGGUGGGUCUGAUGGCACAGGAGCAUCCAUGAAUAGCUGGGAUGCAGGACCUUCAGAUUUAUUCUCUUUGCCGUCUCUGUCUCUGGGACACUUGGAGCUUGCAAUGCCCUCUCGUGGUGAUGCUCCUGUCCAGUGCACUUCCUUGAGGUUUUCAUGAACCUGAUCAGGUGAAUUGUAGUAGUUGCCCAAUGGACUUCUUUUUGGUUUGCAUGCAGUUGUUUGUUGUCUCUCUGAAGUCUAGGGAGUUCUCUUGAUGUUUGUUUGCCUAUAGGUAUUACUUGUGUUGAGUCACUUAAGUGUGAUGAUGUGCAUCUUCAUGUUGAAAUUGUUAAAGAUAAAGUUAUUUAUAUGAGCUUAUUUUACCCACCAA